UGGUCCACAAGCGCAAGGCGGAGGAGGAGUUGCCUGAGUCAGGGCGGCCGCCAGUCAAGCAGCGGUUGGAUUCAGCGGCCAGUCUUCCAUAUCCAAGUCUUUCCAGUUCACCUUCGAAGGUCCCUGCUAUCCAACGGCCAAGCCCAAUACUGACGUUUUCGUACAACUCUGACCAUGUUCUGGAAUUCAACGACUCAGCACUACGCUACUACGUCGAGCCUCCGCGCGGCGCGGAUCUUGGUUUUCACUAUGAAAAAUGGAUCAAGCGACCAGAGGAACGUGGCCGAAUCGACGGUCUGUUAGCUGCGUGGUCGAGGUUCAAGAAAACUUUGCAUGCCUCAAGUCCGUCACCGUCCGUAGUCAAUGUGCCCGACGUCAACGUGAUGUGUUGGAGAGGUAUCAUGACCAAGAUAUUGGCGGCCCCUUAUGAAGAGAGAGAUGGCUGGGACCUCAAUGUCAUGCUCGUGAAGGGUACCCUUUACUUUGAAGAACACUUGUCAGACGCGAAACUCGAGGAAAAGAAUGCGAUGACGCCCCGUCAGCGACUUCAGUCGUACUACGGGUAUGCGUUUGAGUCCUACUGUACUACACCACAACCAGACUCCCAGGGUGCUCCUGGUUGGGGUGGCGAUGUGAACACCAAUGUUCAAUGGUGUAGCGUCGUCAAGACGAAGCUCGCGGACCGCAGAGUCAUCAUCGGGGGAGAGGUAGACUGCGUUCGUGGGACUUACUCUGGAAAAACCGACAAUUACGUUGAGCUCAAGACAUCGUUAUCCAUACGAAAUGCUUCAGAUGAAGCCAGAUUCGAAAAAAAGUUGCUUAAGUUUUACUUGCAAUCAUUCCUUCUUGGUGUGCCGGAAAUUAUCGUUGGUUUCCGCACGCCGUCUGGACGUCUGACAACCGUGCAAUUGCUGAGAACGGUGGAGAUACCGAGACUCGUUCGUGGGAAGCCCGGUGCAUGGGAUCCGAGUAUCUGUUUGGAAUGGGGCGACCGGUUCCUUACUUUCUUGCAGGCAAAAGUGGAAUCUGAGUCUGGAAGACAAGUAUGGCGUGUGUCCUUUAAACCGAGAGUGGGGAUCACGGCAGUGAUGCUUAAUGAAGCGGAGGUAGCGGAGGUCGUGAAUGGAGAAGAGCGCGUGGGGUUCCUUCCUCGAUGGUACUGGGAUGAAUUGAUGGCAGUACACCACGACUCCGGGGCUCAAAGUCGAGUGGAUGAUACCUCCACGACGCGGUCUAACACCGAGUCGACGGGUCUCCCAUCUGGCUGGUGCAUUUGACUUAGCGCCUAGUCAUGUGAUGGUUCCUUUGUCAUCAUUCAUCUGACAGGAACGACUUCCGGCGUCUCUGCUAGCCUGGUGCUUCCCAGCUACUUAAUAUGAUGCCGUCCGAAUGAACUCCGAGCUGUCUAUUCCUGGGACAUCGUCAUCCGAUUUGGCCAGCUCUCGCGAGGAGGCUCCACCGGGCUCGGUUCCUGUUUCACAUGUCCAUACCUCCUUGCGGCACUAAUCGACGAUAUGACGCAUAUGUAGUUAUGUACUACGUGGGUG